AUGCUUGCAGACGAGAAGAAGCUGAUCGGCAACCGCAAAAUCAGGGAUGUCUAUCUCGUAGAAUGGGGGGGGCGGAAGCUGGUCGUCAAGGCCCUUCGGGAGGACUUCGAGCUGAAAGCUAGCAGGAGAAGAGUAGACAAGAUCCACCGCCGGGAGGCCGCGGCGCUCGACGAGGUUCGAGGGCACCCCAACAUCGUCGACAUGGUGGGCCUCUGCGAGUCGUCUUCGGUGUCGGAGUUUGUCCCGGGCAGCCUGGAUGACCUGGUCCUCAAAGACGGAGCGAAACCGCUGCCGAUCGCGUUGGUGGUGUCCAUGGCUCUGGACGCCGCCCGAGGGCUACAGGCCCUCCACGAGGCUCCAGGGGGAGCCAUCGUCCACUCCGACAUCAAGCCGCAGCAGCUCAUGCUGGACGAGUACGGGAGGGUCAAGAUCAACGAUCUCAGCAUGUGUAGGUUUCCGCCGGCCGACGUGGAAGGGAAUACUUGCCCGUACCCCGCACGCGCGUGUAAAUCAGGACCAUUUCGCUCGCCAGAAAACAUCGCCGGAGAGCCGCUAUCUGAAAAGAUCGACGUCUACAGCUUGGCCAUGACAUUUUACACUAUGCUGGCCCUCAAGCCACCCUACAAGGGCGAACCGGGAGCAAGGGCAAGGAUCCUCGCCGGAAUCCCGCCUUCAGUCAACCUCUCUUGGGAUCGAGAUUUCGUCGAGAUACUCGGAGACAUGUGGCAGCGCGACCCUAAGGCAAGGCCUUCCGCGAGAAGAGUGGUCGAGCGGCUGGAACUGCUUCAGAGCCGUAAUGUUCUCGACCCCGAACAACAGCGGCAGCCAUCAGAAAGCAAAGUUCCGAACCUCGAGCCACAUCUAUAUGUGCGCGCUCGUGCCGGGGAAAAGCGAGCGAGCCGCCUGUGGCAACGAAACAGACACACCUGA